ACCACGGAGGACCUGAUGGCAUGGAACCUGAUACUUGUAUUGAGACCAACUGGUCAGAGGUUGUCAGCAACUUUGAUGACAUGGGCCUGAGAGAGAAUCUUCUCAGGGGAAUCUUCGCCUACGGCUUUGAGAGGCCAUCUGCCAUCCAGCAGAGAGCUAUCCUACCUUGUAUUAAAGGUUAUGAUGUUAUUGCCCAGGCCCAGUCAGGAACAGGGAAGACAGCAACAUUUUCCAUUUCCAUCCUUCAGCAGUUGGAGAUUUCUGAGUCCUAUACUCAGGCCAUGGUCCUCGCUCCUACCAGAGAGCUUGCACAACAGAUUCAAAAGGUGGUCCUAGCCCUGGGAGACUACCUGGGAGUCAUAUGCCAUGCUUGCAUUGGAGGGACCGACGUUCGUGAAGAGAUGCAGCAUCUUCAAAAUAAGCAGCCGCACAUUAUUGUUGGCACACCUGGACGGGUCUAUGAUAUGAUCAGAAGGAAUUGUAUCUCUACUAAGAGGAUCAAGAUGUUUGUCUUGGAUGAAGCUGAUGAGAUGUUGAGUCGAGGAUUCAAGGAUCAGAUCUAUGAUAUUUUUAGAAAAUUGCCACCCAGCAUCCAAGUGGUGCUGCUGUCUGCCACCAUGCCUGCCGAUGUGCUGGAGGUGACACAGAAAUUCAUGAGGAACCCGAUUGAGAUCCUGGUCAAGAAGGAAGAGCUUACCUUGGAGGGAAUCAAACAGUUCUUCAUUUUAGUUGAAAAAGAGGAGUGGAAGUUGGAGACUCUGUGUGAUCUGUACGAGACGCUGACCAUCACCCAGGCUGUCAUCUUCCUCAACACGCGAAGGAAGGUGGACUGGCUGACGAUGAAGAUGCAGGAGAAGGAUUUCACUGUCUCCGCCAUGCACGGAGACAUGGAACAGAAGGAGAGAAAUGUGAUCAUGAAAGAGUUCAGAUCGGGAUCCAGCAGAGUUCUCAUCACUACUGACCUGCUGGCUCGAGGCAUCGACGUGCAGCAGGUGUCUCUGGUCAUUAACUACGACCUGCCUGGCAACCGGGAGAACUACAUCCACAGAAUUGGCCGUGGUGGCCGUUUUGGCAGAAAAGGGGUGGCCAUCAGCUUCAUCACUGACGAGGACACGCGAGCUCUGCGCGACAUCGAGACGUUCUACAACACAAGCAUUGAGGAGAUGCCGUUGAACAUCGCCGAUCUGAUUUAGGAUCUUGACUCCCCGGCUGGCCAGUUUUACUUGGAUGCCUUCUGAAUGCGUCGCCAACUAUUUUGCAGAAUAAACAUGAGCAUUGGGCUUAUUUUUUAUUUGUAGCAAGUUAUCGAAUCUCUUUCGUAUGAAAUGCUGUAAGACCAUUGUGACUUCAGAGACUGUCUGAGGGAAGCUGGUGUGCACUGAGUGUGCAGCGUUGCUCCUGUGGUUUUGACUCCCAGGGAGACAGGACUCAUGUCAAGGGUGAUGGGCUCUCACGGGUGGUUGUUUAUGCGAUAUUAUUUUCCUAGGCCAAUAGAGGUGUGUGUGUCGGAUAUUCUUCACCAUUUGAUAACUAACUUAUGGACUAAAAGGUAUAAGUGCUGUAUUAAGUCGGCCGGCUACGUGAAGCUGAGGCUCAUGAGGUUCCUGUAGGAUCAAGGGGUCAGAGGCAGAGUGGCCUCCCAUAUCCAGCACUUUCUUAGCUACUAAUCCAAUUUGUUUGUGCAAUGUAUUUAUCUUAUUUAAUCUUGAACAAUUUAAAG